CUGUGUGGGACUGAGCUGCCAACUCGGGCUGUGGUGCAAUCUGCCAGCCGAGCCCCUUCCGGAGCUGCGGGUUCCUCUGGGUGUAGGGAAGCUGCCCUCUGAGAGAGAACUCCCCUGCUGGCAGUCUGGGGGCCUCCGGGAGGGCAGGACACACUACCCAGCCCUGCAGCCUCACCCACAGGAAGUGCUGGGGUUGGGGGGCAGGCAAUGGGGGAGGGACCGCGCUGGGUGUCCCACGCUAUGCCUGUGGCCCCACUGACCCGGCUGCGCCGCCACGGCCCUUUGGCCAACAGCCCUGGGAACAUCGCUGGGACCUGGGGCCUGGCGGCUACAACCAUGUUUCGCAGGAAGCGCAGUGUCUCCUUUGGGGGCUUCGGAUGGAUCGACAAGACCAUGCUGGCGAGCCUAAAGGUCAAGAAGCAGGAGCUGGCCAACAGCCCGGACGUGACCUUCCCAGACCGGCCGCUGUCCCCCCCUCUCACUGCACCUCCCACUAUGAAGUCGGCGGAGUUCUUCGAGAUGCUGGAGAAAAUGCAGCACCAUUUUCACCUUCCUCCGACACCAAAUGUAUGGUGGUUUCUCCCCCACCAAGCAAUUCUGUGACACCAGCCGGGUGUCCUACACCUACAUUCUGACCCUGUCUGCCCAGAGAGCAUAUCCGAUCCCACAGGGCAAGGGCUCUACCUCACAAGACCGCCUCCCCCCAACUUCGCAUGCCAUCAUCACCAGCAGGCCGUAGAUUUGAGGUUCCCUUGGCCCCCUGCUCAGGUUCGAUUAAUUUGCUAGCAUGGCUCACAGAACCCAGAACCACUUACUUCCUGGAUUAUCAGUUUAUUAUAAAGGGAUAUAAUUCAGGAACAGCCAGAUGGAAGAGUUGUAGGGGGCCAGGUGCUGUGGGGAUGGUCUCAGAUGUAUCACUCUCCCUGCACUGCCAUGUGCUCAUCAACUGGAAGCUCCCUGAGCCCAUCAUUUGGUUUUUUAUGGAGGCUUCACCAAGUUGGCAGGAUCGAUUCACCCUGCAGCCCCUCUCCCCUCCCGGGAGGUUGGAGGGCUGGGACUGAGCGUUCCAGCCCUCUAAUAGUUCCCCUGGCAUCCAGCUCCGUCUUUAGGGGUGUCCCCAAAGACACCUUGUUCACAAACUUAUGAAUAACCUUAGGGCUUUCACCUUUAUAGCUCUGGAGCUGUUUCAGAACUAAGGACAAAAGAUGAAGUAUUGUAACAAAAGAUGCUCCCAAGUGUUCCCAUUGCUCUCAUCACUUAGGAAAUUCAACAGGUUUUAGGAAUUCUGUGUCAGGAAUGGGGUGAAGACCAAAAUAUUUAUUAUUACAAAUCAUGCCACAGCCCCUAUAAAUAAUAAUUAAAAUACCCGCAUACACAGUUGGGAUGAAAUGAGAUGGUAUAUGUAAAUACUUGCUAGGCACUGCAGAAAAAUCAGUGUUCAGAAUGGAUUUGGGAGCCUUUCUAAUCACCCCUCACUGAGGGGCCAGGGCUCACAGGUAAGAACUGCUGCCCUGGGGAAUAUGGGAGGGGGGCGCCCAGAAGGCUUAACUGAUACAGGUGGGAAGGAUGGGAAUAAGAUGUUGAUAAUAGCACAUGUAUUUUUUUUAAAGGUUUUAUUUAUUUAGAGAG